AUGAUUCCUGUUACACCUGUCUUGAGGGCCAGAAAGAAAUUUCUCAAGGGAUAUACCGGCACGUGGAACGUAAGAACUCUAAAUGCUGACGGUAAAAUCGAUCAACUGGAACACGAGCAGAAGUGCUACACCUGGAACAUCAUAGGUUUAGCUGAAGCAAGGCUCACUGGAGUUGGAGACUCAAAAACACCACAGGGAAACCAGCUCUUCCACAGCGGGCAAGACAAGAGACACGCAAACGGAACAACAUUCCUGAUUCACAAGGACACGGCGGGUGCAGUGAUGGAGUUCAAACCAAUCUCUGACCGUGUAAUCUACAUAAGGUUAAGGGUCAAACCUUUCAACCUCUCAGUCAUGCAGAUAUAUGCCCCAACCACAGAUGCAACUGAUGACCAGCUGAACAGAUUUUAUGAUGCCGUCACAGCAACACUGCAAGGGCUCCCGAAUCAGGAUAUCCACCUUCUGAUGUGGGAAUGGAAUGCGAAAAUUGGCCCAGAUGCGUACGAUCAGUUGAAAGGUACGAUCGGGAGAUCCGGACUGCCGGACUGGGGGUUACCAAUGACAGAGGUUUGCGCCGGGCUACUCGAAUUCGCACAGUUCCAUGAGUUAACGAUCUGCAACACGUUCCAAGCUGGGAAGCUGAGUCGGAAGGCAACUUUUCAUUCUCCUAAUGGCAAGACUCACAACAUGAUAGACUACAUCAUGGUGGAUAACCGAUUCCGCAGCAGCAUCAAACUCGCCAAAACUCGAACCUUCCCAGGGGCCGAUGUGGGCAGUGACCUCGACCUUGUGCUGACUGCACUGUGGUUGAAGAAUAUCGAGAAGAAGCAGAGCAUGAGAGUGAGCUACAACCUCGAUAAACUCAAGGAUAACGACAUUGCAGAGCAGUUCCAAGUCGAAGUAGGCGGCCGUUUUGCACCGUUGCUUACCUUGGAACUGGAACCGGAAGAGUUCCAACAGCAGGUUGAGGACAAUUGA